UUCACCAUAUUCUUUCUUCGUCAGCUUCCUCACUGUUAUCAUUGCUGUCGCAGUUGUUUGGUGAUAAGUCUGGGGGAUCACCAUGGUGACGCUAGGAGUUCACAACAAACGAUUACCUCUUGAGGACGUCUUGGCUAGGAAAAUUCGGGAAGAAUUCGUGAGAACAGUGGACCCUUCUCUGCUCAUCCCCAAUCUUCCUCACAACCUGCUGACAGACGUUGACGAGGAGAUGAUUCAAGCACGGCAGGACACUCACGGCCGGACCCACGCGGCUUGGCGCAUGUUAAAUCUGUUGUCAAGAAGAGGGAACUGGGUGACUGGUCUACAGCAGGGACUACGCAGCAGGCAGGUGCGACUGGAACACCUGGCCCAAAAGAUUGAGGACCUGUUAUGUGAGUUUGCAGUUCUUAUUGGUGAGGUGGCGAUGGAGGUGGAUUUCGUCGAAGAAGAAGAAGAUGACAUGGAAGUUGACCACGACAGUCCACUUCCUCCGCGUACUGCGGGACUUACUCUUGAUGAACCACUUCUAAAGGAGCUGGAAGGACGCCAUCUUAGUGACCUUGUAGACGAUCAAGUCCAAAGGUUUCAGAAGGCGGUCAUAUCAGCUAUCGCGGAAACCUUUUUCACAACUGUUGCCAAGGAACCACAGCAUGUGACGCAUUUAAUCGAGCUUUAUAAAAAUAUUGUCAACACCAUCUGCGCCACGUCUGUGACUGUUGGCUGUCUACAUGUAGGCCUGCGUAUGAACUAUGUGAGUGACGUCAGCACAAUCCGGAAGUUGCUGGAGGGCGGGUCGCUGGUGCAGCUGUUGGAGCACGGCCUGCUGACGGAGGAGCGGCGCCGCUGGCUGAGGGAGCAGGCGGCCGGCUAUGGACUGAUAUGGCGGCGGAUUGGGCUCAGAGUGGCCAUUACGGAGGACAACCUCAACCACUGUGAAGCUUUCCUGAAAUGGGUCAACGAGCCCUCACUUGCCCGGUCAGUGGGAGAAGCGCUGCUGUUCAACCUCCUGUCCACAUGUCCGCAGGCGAGCGCCAAGAUGUACCACGUGACCCACAUCCCCCGCCUGCUGAGGUCUUUUCUAGACUGGCUAGCCACCCAUCACCCAGUCUUGGCGACAACAGUAGCAACGGAGUUAGUUGACAGGCCUUGGGAAAAGGCUUUGAUCUUUGCUAUGAAAGCUUGCAGGGAGUUUUUUCGAUUAGACGUUGACUACGUCGCCGACUUGACAACGAUCGUGUCGACGCUUUUUGUCAAACUCAGCCAGGAGAAAGUCGUCGCCACGGCAGGGGUACAAAUGAGGGUGGACACUGGGCGGGAGGGGGAAGCAAUGGUAGUACUGGACGUACAGGAGUUGUCACACUUGUCUUUAGACUUCCUCCCCGCGGCUGAGCGGCUGCGCACUGCCGGCCUUCUCGUGCCCGUCACGUCAUCAGGUCACCUGGGGCGGCUCACCUUCUGUGACCCCUUUGUGGCGGACCAUGCGAUCAGUAGCAUGGUGUCUAGUUUGCCUGCUCCUGACGACAAACAUUUGUCCUUUGCCUUAGGAGUUGGCUCCCAUCACAUCGUCCUUCACCUCCUCGCGAAGGAUGACACCUCUCCCUCACAACCCUUGACGCUACCCUCAAAGCUUGUCUCUAGUGCCGACACGUCACUCUCACAUCCCCUAUCUUCUCCAAGUGACACUACGCAGCUGCUGCUGGAUUGUCUCUCUUGCUAUGACACUUCACAUCCAGCCUUUGAGUUGGUGGCAGCACUUUCCCCAGAGUGGCCUCCACCUGCGCAUAUUGCGGUCAGCACGUGUCCCGCCCUCACACCGGCCCUCAAGCGGAAGCUGCGUCACCUAAGGCUUGACGACGUCGACUGGGAGACGACAGAAACGACGCUGCAAGCUGUGGUGUCGGCCACCCGUCAUGUUGACCUCAGCAGAAAGCUCAGCGACGCUACAGAUGUGGAGCUGCGGGCCGUGCUUGCAUGCACUCAGCUCACCAACGUACCCGGUCCUCUCGUCCUCCGCCCCAUGCUUCUGUCGGUCGCCUGGCAGGAUCGAAGCCCGCGGCGCCUGGCCAGUCACCCGGCCCUGAAACUCUGCAACAACCGCCUGCAGGAACGCCACGUGUGCUGUCUAGAGACCGCCAUGUUAGGCUUGGAGUCGGUCGCUCACUUUGAUCUGUCGGACUGCGAGGUCAGCCUGACCCAUCUUCAGCGGCUGCUGGACGCCAUGCCCUGUCAUUCGGUGCAAGAACUGGUCUUAAACGGUAUACGCCUGACAGACGACAAAGAAGGACAACUCCCCAAGUUUUCUCACCUGGGAAAACUACGCCACUUGAUGCUGGAGCGUACUGGCCUUCGCGACAAACACCUUCAGCACUUGGGACGACAACUCCAGGCACUUCCCGACUUGCGCGAGCUUUCCCUAGCCUCAAAUGUCAUCACCUCGACAGGGUUGUCACACUUGGUGCCGGCUCUGGCCUCGCGCUCCACCUUGCGGCUGCUGCGAUUGAGUGAGUGUGAGCUGGACGUCGGGUCGGCCUUCGUGAUUGGAUGCAUUCUGGCCGCCGCACGUGAUUUGCACGUGAUCAACCUAAACGCCUGUCACCUUCAAGACGAUGGGCUCCAGCACCUUGUGCGAGUUCUUCACGACAAACUGCGACUAACCAAAGUGUCCCUGUGGCAGGGGGUUACUCUACUGAAGGGCUAA